AUGCCAACCAUAUCUUCAACUUCUUCCCCCGACAUCACUUCUCCUCCUACCUCUCAUACUCAUCAACCGUCGUCGUCGUCUUCUACCUCCUCUGCCUCUACCUUUACCUCCGCUGCGGCUAUUCAAGCCCCGGAAACUACAACAACAACUACCACAACUACUACUGAGUCUACUACUGAACCCGCCACAGAGCCUACAGAGCCUGCUUCUACAGACAGCCGUCCUUCCUCUCAAUCCUCGACUGCCUCAUCGCUGUCUACUCCAACAGCCUCCGUCACAGUCCCUCCGCAGUCGGCUUCCCCCACUUCCUCCACUGCCGACACCGCCAGCGUCACUACUGCUGCCACAAACAGCACACCCAACACCUCCGCCGACUCCGGUAGCACAAGCAACGACUACUUCACCUACCCCUAUAAUAGAGAGAGCACCAGCACUCCCCUCGGUUUCUCUGGUUCCGUCGUUGGUUCUGUUUCCCGUCGUAAUCGUCGUUCACUGGCUGCUUUUGCUCGUGAAAAGACUUCCUCCGCUCUCGCCAGUCUUUCCGCCAUUGGUACUACUAAUAACUCUACGCUCCAUUCGUCCACUUCAUCGGGAAGUUUGUCCAAGCAUUCCCACAAACCGUCUCAGCUCAGUAGUACCAGUGAGAGCAUCUCUCCUUUCUCCGACUGGAAUUCGACUAGCCCCGAUCAAUUGAGCCCCGCACCCGCCGAUUUCCCCGCCAGUUCCUCCGCGCCCACUGCCCAGCUUGACGGUGGUCCCUCGCAGAAAAUGCACCAAACUUCUUCUAGAUUGCUUCGGAUGACCGAAGAUGAUCGGCCUUUCACCAAGGAUUUCAUGGAUCUUUUCUCGACCCUUAUGGUCAGCUUAAAAUUGGAUACCCACCGCGUGCGAUUCACCCGUUAUGACCACUCCUUCACUGCCGAAGAAGCCAUCAACAACUUGGGCUCGCUCAAGUUUUCCCAGUCGAACCGUAUGCCGGAUCCCAAAGAUCCCUCCCGCAUCGUGACCACAACGACGACCACCACCUUUUCCAUGGCCAAAGAAAUGGCCCGGUCGGUAUGCCAGCGCUUUGUUGACGCCCGUUUCAUCGAGGCCACCGAUGGCAAGGUUCUGGCUAUCUUCCCCUUGAAGGGUGCUCUGUUCCAUCUCACCCCCAAGGGUAUCAACAUUCUUCAACGUUUCUGCCAGCGCAACGGUAUCACCGCACAGCAUGUCAUUGCAGUUUUGGAGUCGCCGCGGAAUACCAUGCAGCUGGUCAAUUUGGAGCGUGACACGGAAAGCGACAAGCUGUCAUACGAUCGGGCUACCAUUGAAGUCAUCUUCCGUCGCUUCGCUGGCCAGGACGGCCCCAACGUCAAGAGCAGUACUUCAAGCUCUGAUUCCGACUCCCUCAGCGACUACUCCAACGGGAUAGUUGGUGUUAAAAUGGCCAAGGAGCGCAAGCUUAAUGAAAAGACUCACCUGAAUACCUUCACAGGCAAGGCUGCCGUUGACUGGCUCAUGGACUGCUCGACUACCAUUGAGCGCCGCGAAACCGUUUUGAUUGCUGAACUGUUUGUCAAGUACGGCCUAAUCACCAUGAUUCAGGAUGACGAGGAGUUCCCUCAGGCUGAGGACUCACUGGCCGUGUUCCAGCCUUCCAAGUACGCCAUCUACGGUCUCACAGAGCGCGGUCAGCGGGUUUGUGGAUGGCUCGCUCGCGAUCGGGCCCGUGACACUCCUCCAAUCUACGAUGUUCGCAACUUGGCCGCAAAGGACUCGAAUAAUGCCCGUCUCCAACACAUCCUCGGUGAUGCCGCUCUGCGUCUGCUCUUCCGUGAAUUUCUGCGUUACUCUUUGUGUGAAGAGAAUCUUUCAUUCUAUCUCGACGUGUCGGAAUUUACUGCCACCUACCGCAAGGCUGAGAACGCGGGCACCUUUAAGAGACCGGAUGCCGUCCGUGAGACUCUGGCCGCCGCAUAUGGUUUGUACAACGCUUUCUUGGCCCCGGGCUCCCCUUGCGAGUUGAACAUCGACCACGCUUUGCGCAACAGCCUUGCUAGCCGUAUGACAAAGGCGGUUGGCGAUGACGAAUCGAUGCUCAAGAGUCUUCAGGAAGUUGAGCAACUUUUUGAAAUGGCUCAGACUUCCGUGUUUAAGUUGAUGUCUAGUGACUCUGUUCCCAAGUUCUUGCGUGACCCCAAAUACACCACUGUGCUCCAGGAGCACGAUGUGGAUUUGGGUAUCACCCGAUCCUACUCGCCCACUCAGUCUUCGAUUCCGGAACGUUCCACCAGCCGUUCUGCGCGGUCAUGA